UGGCGUUUCAUGCGGCGUUCCAUACGAUACGUCCGCCGUGUCGUUAUUAUUCAGGCUGGUCGUAUCGUAUCGUCGCGGGACACCACAUGGGCCCGGGAGUUUUAACUCAGUUUAUUGCUAAUAAAAAGAGUAAAUGACAAGAAAAACUAAGAUUUUUGCUAAGUAGUCCCAAGAUUUGCUAUGGCUACAGAAGAUGAAACUCAGGAAGACUUUGACAGGAACACACUUGCUGCCCCUGUCAAUACUGUCCAGGAAAAAUGGAAACUCCUGCCAGCUUUCUUAAAGGUCAGAGGUCUGGUCCGGCAGCAUAUUGAUUCCUUCAAUUAUUUCAUAAAUGUAGAAAUCAAGAAGAUUAUGAAGGCAAAUGAGAAGGUUGUCAGCAAUGCAGAUCCCAACUUCUACAUGAAGUACCUGAAUAUAUAUGUUGGAAAGCCAGAUGUUGAAGAAACAUUCAGCAUCACAAGAGAAACUUCUCCUCACGAAUGUCGACUUCGCGACAUGACCUACUCAGCUCAGAUCAAAGUGGACAUUGAAUAUACCAGAGGUCAGCAGAGGGUCAUUCGUAACAAUCUACCAAUCGGCAGGAUGCCUAUUAUGUUGAGAAGUUCAAACUGUAUCCUAGCUGGAAAGACCCAAUCUGAGCUGGCAAAGCUGAAUGAGUGCCCAUUAGACCCCGGUGGUUACUUUGUAGUAAAAGGAGUCGAGAAGGUGAUCCUGAUUCAGGAGCAGUUGUCCAAGAAUCGAAUGAUCGUUGAAUCAGACAGGAAAGAUGUAGUUUCUUGCACUGUAACCAGCUCAACACAUGAAAGGAAGAGUAGAACAAGUGUGAUCGUUAAAAAAGGAAGAUACUACAUCAAACACAACACCAUGACAGAGGACAUACCUGUAGCAGUGGUCUUAAAGGCUAUGGGUGUGGAAUCCGAUCAAGAAAUUAUUCAGAUGAUCGGAACUGAAGAGAACAUAAUUACAGCAUUUUCCUCCAGCAUUGAAGAGUGCCAUCGUCUACAGGUGCUAACACAAAUGCAGGCUUUGAAGUACAUUGGUAGUAAGAUAAGACAGCGUAGAAUGUGGGGCGGUCCACAGAAGAGCAAGUUAGACGAGGCAAGGGAUAUUCUGGCUGGCACCAUCUUAGCACAUGUUCCAGUUGUAAGGUACAAUUUUCGUACAAAGUGUUUUUAUAUUGCCUUAAUGGUAAGAAGAGUUAUUUUGGCUGAGGGUGACAAGAGAGUCGAUGACCGAGAUUACUAUGGUAACAAGAGGUUGGAGUUGGCAGGACAGCUUCUAGCUUUAUUAUUCGAAGAUCUAUUCAAGAAGUUCAACGAUGAAUUAAAGAAGAUAGCAGACCAAACAAUUCCAAAACCGAGGGCAGCGCAGUUUGAUGUAGUAAAACAUAUGAGGCAGGACCAGAUAACCAAUGGCUUAGUCAAUGCCAUAUCAACGGGUAAUUGGACAGUAAAAAGAUUUAAAAUGGAAAGAGCUGGUGUGACUCAGGUGCUAUCACGACUUUCAUAUAUAUCCUGCCUAGGAAUGAUGACAAGAAUUUCUAGUCAGUUUGAAAAGACCAGGAAAGUUAGUGGACCACGUUCUUUGCAGCCCUCACAGUGGGGAAUGUUAUGCCCCUCAGAUACGCCGGAAGGAGAGGCCUGUGGAUUGGUAAAGAACCUUGCUUUAAUGACACACAUUACCACCGACAUUGAGGAGGGACCAAUCGUCCGGCUGGCUUUCAAUCUUGGAGUGGAAGACAUAAAUUUGAUGUCUGGAGAAGAACUCAGCUCAUCUGGAAUGUACAUAGUGUUUCUUAAUGGUAAUAUUUUAGGGGCAAUUACAAAGUAUACAAGGUUGAUCCAGACUUUUCGUCUAAUGAGGAGGGCAGGAUUUAUCAACGAGUUCAUCUCAAUCUGCCCAAACCAUGCUCAGCAGUGUGUGAAUAUAGCUUCAGAUGGUGGACGUGUUUGUAGGCCAUAUAUUAUAGUAAACAAAGGCCAGCCACUAGUAACAGAAGAGCAUAUUAAGGAGCUAACUCAAGGCAUACGGAGCUUUGAUGAUUUCCUGAGAGAAGGCCUGGUUGAGUACCUGGAUGUGAAUGAGGAAAGUGACAGCGAGAUUGCACUGUAUGAAAAGCAAAUCACAAGUGAAACUACACAUUUAGAGAUAGAGCCAUUUACAAUACUUGGAGUGUGUGCUGGCCUUAUUCCCUACCCUCACCACAACCAAUCACCAAGAAACACCUACCAAUGUGCUAUGGGAAAACAAGCAAUGGGAACGAUUGGUUACAACCAGAGAAAUCGCAUUGAUACCUUGAUGUACUUGCUAGCAUAUCCACAACCACCGCUAGUGAAAUCUAGAACAAUUGAUCUUAUCAAUUUUGAUAAGAUACCAGCUGGGCAGAAUGCUUGUGUUGCUGUUAUGAGUUACAGUGGAUAUGAUAUAGAAGAUGCCCUUAUCCUCAACAAGGCAUCUGUUGACAGAGGAUUUGGAAGAUGCUUGGUGUACAGGAACCAAAAGUGUACAUUAAAACGCUAUGCAAACCAGACCUUUGACCGGAUGCUGGGACCUCUGCUGGAUCCAAAUACACGCAAACCACUAUGGAGACACGAUAUCCUGGAUGCCGAUGGCAUAUGUUCACCAGGUGAAAGAGUGACAAACAGACAAGUCUUACUCAACAAGUCUGUGCCAAAGGUCACCAAUUCUACUCUUGUUACACCAGGAGCAGAGAGAGAACAGAAGCAAACUGACUACCAGGAUGUUCCAAUAACGUAUAAAGGCCCAGUAGAUUCUUACAUUGAGAAAGUGAUGAUCAGCUCAAAUCCAGAUGAAGCCUUCUUAAUCAAAGUUCUAUUGAGACAAACAAGAAGACCUGAACUUGGUGACAAGUUCAGUAGCAGGCAUGGUCAGAAAGGAGUUUGUGGACUUAUUGUACAGCAAGAGGAUAUGCCAUUUAAUGAUCAGGGUGUGUGCCCAGAUAUCAUCAUGAACCCACACGGUUUCCCAUCGCGUAUGACAGUCGGUAAACUCAUGGAGCUGCUUGCAGGUAAAGCAGGAGUACUAGAUGGGAAAUUCCAUUAUGGAACAGCAUUUGGAGGCGAUCAAGUUAAGGAUGUCUGUCAAAUCCUAAUUCGCCAUGGUUACAACUACCUUGGCAAGGACUACCUGACCAGUGGCAUAACAGGUGAAGCAUUAAGUGCCUAUAUCUACUUUGGUCCAGUUUACUACCAGAAACUGAAACACAUGGUAUUGGACAAAAUGCAUGCCAGGGCUAAAGGCCCCAGAGCUGUGUUGACAAGACAGCCAACAGAAGGCAGAUCAAGGGACGGCGGUCUCCGUCUAGGAGAGAUGGAGAGAGAUUGUUUGAUUGGCUAUGGAGCCAGCAUGUUGCUUCUAGAGCGUCUCAUGAUAUCAAGUGAUAAGUUUGAGGUUGAUGUUUGCGGAACAUGUGGUCUCCUAGGCUACUCAGGAUGGUGUCACUAUUGUAAAUCAUCACGCAACGUGUCUUCGCUGCACAUUCCCUACGCCUGCAAACUACUCUUCCAAGAACUACAAUCUAUGAACAUUGUGCCUAGACUUAAGCUCCAGAAGUACAACGAAUGAUAAUGGUUGAUGACAUUAUUUAAAUGUUAGAGGAUGUAGAACACUGGUUUGAGUGUGGUGUAAGUUGGCCUAGACCAAGAGACAUGUGGACUUGACUUCCAGCUUUAUUUAUCUUCAGAAUUUUGCUGAGUAAAUAUGGUGGGUUAGACUAAUCCCAGAGGAAUUAUUUUUGUAGAAUUGGACUAGGCAGUAAUACCAGGUGUACAGUAAGCAAGAAAGUGACCUAUCCCCUAAUUUAAGAAGUGCUUUAGGAAGUGGCUAGCCUAGACCUAUCAGCCAAGGGUAUUGUAGGCAUUUAUUGGCUAAACUUGGCACAAAACCAUACAGUUCAACAGAAAAGUCAUUAACAUAGGUUGGUUGGCACUGAAGAGGCAGUGAGUGGAUUAACCAAUAUAGGCCUGUCAAGGGUAGAGUUGUAGGCAUAUUUUUCCUAAACUUUACAGAAAGGCAGUGAAGUGGGAAUGAAACAGUUCAACAGCAAUAAAUUUACAUAGAAUGGAUUGCCUGAUAUUAGAACUGUCAAUUUGAAUGCUGGAGUUUGCACAAUCAAGUAAUUUUAUUGAUGAAGAGAAAAAAACAAUUUGUUUAUCAAUACAUCAAUGUAGUAAACAUGAGAUGGGGAUACAGUCUAC